AUGGCAUUCAACGAAUUCGGAGAAGAUACUCUGGCCAGCAAUCCUGGCGACGGCUUGGACUCUGAAUCUCCCCGCCGCAAUGCUUUCGAGCUUUCUGGACCCUUGGUCGGCGACGAGGCUGACGAUCACCAGAAUGUGUUACUCCUGCAAGAGCAUCAACAGCCCGAUGAAUAUGACGAAGAAGCGGCCAUGACGCCGCAAAUGCCCCCGAUUUCCCGUUCUACGUCCAGCAAGAUUACUCGUACGGUGGCCAUCAUCAAGACGCAUGCGUUGAGCCAUAGAUUUGACGUCGAAGCGAGAAUUCAAGAAGCGGGCUUCGAGAUUGUGAAAGAACGUCAAAUGGUGUUCGAUACGGAAACAGACCCAGAGACCUUGGACGAGCUGUUUGGAGAGGAUGCACGCUCCCUGGCCGAGGGGCCGGUUUGGGUCUAUGUCCUUGAACGUCAUCGUGCCGUCGAAGUUUGGACCACCCUUAUGGGUCCUCGCGAUCCCAAUACUGCCGCAGUGCAGGCUCCUAAUUCUCUUCGCGGGCUCUAUGGCAUAUCCCUUGCCCAAAACGGCUUCAUGGGCUCGGAAGAUCUCGAGAUAGCAGAGAUCCAAAUUGCUUCCCUAUUUGCUUCUUCUCCCCCUUUCCCCACAACCGACUUGCCCGCAGGGAACGAACGCUUUGAUUCCAUCCGCUCCAUGACAUCUUCUGUCCUCGAAGCCAUCCGUCAGAAUGCCGCAGAUGGCGACGAAUACGCCGCGUCGAGCGUGACGCAACCCUCUACGGCCGGCGGGGAAAGUCGAAGCACUAAGAGCGGAACCAGCAGGAAAACCAGCAGGGCAUCGUCUUUCCGGGCUCGGGAUUUACCUGCCACCCACGCUGAACCCGACAUCAAACCCCGGAUGUCCCGCGCCUCUGCGCUCCGUGCUGGAUUGCCUGUAGAGAAGACACAUGUUGGUCCGCGAGCGCCUCUCGAUAAGGAACGACUUGCAAAAACAUUCGCCAAUGUUCCCGGCCAUAAACGAGCUCAGACUAUCCAGGUUGCAUCUACAGCCGCCCCGACCAUCGCACCUCGCAUGACUCGGGCGGCAUCUCUCCGAUUAGGUUUGACUCCGCCUGCUCCUGCUGCACGACCCCGUCCACCCGUUGCUCCCGUCUCGAAAAAGUCUAAAGAUACCGUGGUUGAGGAGAGUGCCGCUGCGAAGAAGGAUACCUUUGAGGGUGUGCCUGGUCACAAGCGAAGGGAAAGCAUUAGCGUCGCCUCUGCAAAGCCUCCUUCUAUUGCACCGCGUCUCAACAAGAGCGCUGCGCUGAGGCAGACGAAGGAAGCUGCUCCCCCAUCCUCUUUUAUGUUUAAAGGUCCCUCCACUCAGAAGUACCCCGGCUCUCGCAGUAAUUCCGUCGCUUCGUUCAACGAUCCGCACUCUCGUCCUGCGUCUCAGUCUUCUGUCCGUGGACUUGCUUCUCGUCCAUCAAUGUCUCGACCUGCUUCGACGAUAGCCAUUCGGCCGCCGUCUGCCACGCCCAAACCUACCGUUCGAUCGAAUGGGAAGGUCCACGAGCCGCUCACUACGAAAGCCGUAAAUGGCGCCCAGAAGAAUGACACUCCUUCAGAACCUGCCGCUGCGCCCGUGAAGCGUAAACCGCGCCCCAGCAGCUUGGCCGCACCGUCUAUCACCCCGCGACCCAACAAAAGUGCUAUGCUGCGUGCCGCUAAGAUGGAGGCCCAAAACGCUGCUGCUAACGCGAAGGCCCCAAGGAGGAAACUGGGCCCCGCUGUCGCCUGA